UUUUUUUUUGUCAUAUUAUAUGAAGUAAAGAGGAUUCCACUCUCUUAUUUAUAUAGUUGUUAUUACUUCGUUAUGUUCGUCCUAGUGUAGAAAUGGUUUAAAUCAUCGCUUCUACUGCAGAAAGUUGCUGUCAACAGUCAUAAAGCUUCAACGUUGUUUUUGGGUGAUAACUAUGAAGAGUUUCCUGAGCUUUGGACUAUUACUUUUCUUCCUAAGUGCUAAAUAUUUCCUGUGUUUAUGUGAGAAAAAUGAAAGCAAGUCGGGAAUUGUGCGUAGGAUGGUUGGCGGUUCGCUUGCAGAAAAAGGCCAAUUACUAUUCUUAGUAUCCAUAUUCGAAAAAAAUAAAUUUCGUGGUGGGUUUUCGUUAAUAACACCGAAAACAUUAGUUGGAGCAGCGCAUAUUAUAGAUAGAGAUGAAAUGGUAGAUUUAUUUGGAAGAAUAGGAGACGUUAAUAAAUUUCGAGGAGAGAAAAUACUAUUUGCAAAGAGAAUUUUACAUCCAGAUUAUGUCCCAGGAAUAUUUUACAAUGACAUUGCACUUCUGAUUCUUCUAACUCGUAUUGACGAUAUCAGUACAAUUGCUUUACCACCAAGAAAUUUAAAAUUUACUAAAGGGUAUGCCACGUUUGCUGGUUGGGGGUUAACUGGUCAAAGUAAACGAGAUAAAACCUCAUUUCUCCGUGUUUCAAAAGUAAACAUAGUGGACCCGCAAGAACCAUCAAAUAAGUUUAACUUUACUUCAACCGGAAAAGAAAUUAUGACAGUAACUCCUGGUGUUCAUGGAAUGAAUGGUGAUUCCGGCUCACCACUGAUGAUCAGAGAACACAAUCAGUCGGGAAGAUACAUUAUUAUUGGUGUUCUGAGUAGUUGUAGCACUGAUGAUCAUGAACCUGACGUUUACAUGUCAACCAGUGCUUAUUUUGAUUUCAUACACAAUAACACUAUUGGUACCCCGAUAUAUGUUAAUGUACGUUGAUUAAUUAAUUAAAAAAAAUAUGGACAUAUUUCUCAAUUAUAAAUAAAUUUAUAUUCUGCAUCGAACUUUAA